UCAGGCUGGUCAGCUGACUCUGAUGCACCACUCAAGAACCUCACGAACUACUGUAUGGUUGAAUGGCAAUCAACAAUGGGAGUUGACAUUCUAUAAUACGACAUUAAAGGUUGUAUUUCUCUCGUAACGACCAUAUUUAAGCACAGAUUUCUCUAGCUACCAGCAUAAUGACAGAGUUUUGGUUGAUCUCUGCUCCUGGAGAGAAGACUUGCCAACAAACAUGGGACAAAAUGAUGACGGCCACCACACGCAACAACAACCUUUCGAGCAACCACAAGUUCAGCAUCCCCGACCUAAAGGUGGGGACACUUGAUGUUUUAGUCGGGCUGUCAGAUGAAUUGGCCAAAUUGGAUUCCUUUGUUGAAAGCGUAGUGAAGAAGGUGGCCCAGUAUAUGGCUGAUGUGUUGGAAGACAGUCGAGACAAAGUCCAGGAGAACUUGUUGGCUAAUGGAGUUGAUCUCAUUACCUACAUCACACGGUUUCAAUGGGACAUGGCUAAGUAUCCUAUCAAGCAAUCACUUAAAAACAUCUCUGAAAUCAUCUCAAAGCAAGUCACCCAGAUUGACAACGAUUUAAAGGCCCGAGCAUCAUCUUAUAACAACUUGAAAGGAAACCUACAGAACCUUGAAAGAAAAAAUGCAGGGAGCCUUCUGACUAGGAGCCUGGCUGACAUUGUCAAGAAGGAAGACUUUGUUCUUGACUCUGAGUAUCUAAUCACCUUGCUGGCAGUUGUUCCAAAAACAUCUUAUGCUGACUGGCAGAAAACAUAUGAAACACUUGCCGAGAUGGUAGUUCCUCGUUCCUCAAAUCUUUUGUUUGAGGACAAUGACAGUGGGUUGUUCAGUGUAACUCUGUUCCGGAAAGCCAUCGACGACUUCAAACACAAAGCCAGAGAGAACAAAUUCUCAGUGAGAGACUUUCAGUACAACGAAGAAGAGAUGAAGGCAGAUAAAGAGGAGAUGACGCGUCUAUCUACAGAUAAAAAGAAGCAAUUUGGACCACUUGUCCGAUGGCUGAAAGUCAACUUCAGUGAAGCCUUCAUCGCUUGGAUCCACAUCAAAGCACUUAGGGUUUUUGUGGAAUCUGUUCUAAGAUAUGGGCUUCCAGUAAACUUCCAGGCCAUGUUACUUCAGCCUAACAAGAAGACUACAAAGAAGCUAAGGGAGGUGCUCAAUGAUCUAUACAAACAUCUGGACAGCAGUGCAGCAGCAAUCAUUGAUUCGGCAAUGGAUAUUCCAGGUUUGAAUUUGAGUCAGCAAGAAUACUAUCCUUACGUCUACUACAAGAUUGACUGCAACCUUCUGGAGUUCAAAGUCUAAGACUUGCAAAGCUCUGUCUUCAAGGUGAUGAUUAAUACUUGGUUCUAUGUUUUCGUGCAUCACUAGCACACUUGAAGAGUGACUACGCAUGUUCAUUCCUUGUAUGUAAAAUCUACUCAAAUAAGCAUCUAUCAUUUACAAAAAGGACUUUUAAAGACGUGUUUACAUUUUUUUUUGAAGCCACACAUUGUAAGAAUCAUGGUUGGACAGUCAUGUAGUUGCAUUUCUAUCCUACAUGUGCUCAUGUGCAUUGAUAACUGCAUCUUCUGCCUUCAUGUGUAGUGAUUUGUGUUUACAUAAAUUUGGUGUGUGUGUUGUGUUGUAUAUAAAAUUAUCAAAAGAGACUUAUAUCUGACCGUUUUGAACGUUACUGUUGAAAUUUAUUAAUGGCCACCCUUUAAAUAUUGUAUGAAUCGACAGACAUACAAUAAAAAAAAAAAAAAAACGAUAUCUUCCUUCUGGCAUGUGUGGAUAGUUACAACAAACUACUUUUUCACAAAGUCUUCUUUUGAAAUCCCUUCAUCUAUUUUCUAUUUUGCUCAUCCUGUCAAACUCACAGGGGAGCUGAAGCCUAACGCAACGCACUUGAAUUGUGAGGUCAAGUUCACACUGGACAGGUCACUUGUCAAUUCACACAUAACUGUCUAAUAAUUCCCACCUACCACCAAUUUAAACUUUUCAACUUGCGUGUUUUGGGGCUAUGGGAGAACACACAAGUAGCUCGGCAUAGAGAGCAAAGGAAAAAAAACGUACUUUGCACAUUGAAUGUCUAAACAUUUUAGAGGGAGCUGAAGAGGCUAAUUUAUACUAAUGGCUGUUGCUUUACCAUAUUCAGAUUAAGGUUAAGGUAUAUAGACAAAUUAUUAAACCCUAAAUUCUGGUUACUAGUGGUAAAUGUGCAAUGGAAAUAAAGGCUUGUGCAUGCCA